GAUAACCGUCGCAGGUCACUUCCGUUGGUUUGUACACACGACUGGUGCACGCACAGGUCACGUGGGUGAGGACACAGUGAACGCUGGGUGAUCACCUGUAUUCCACUCACAACCCCGAACCCUGGCACAUUGCUGCACGCGAUUCGCUCGGCGAGAUUAUUGGAGGAAAAGUGAAAUUCCACGUUUGUUCAUCCAGGUUAUGAAACUGUGGAAUGCGGAAAAUCAGGCGGAACCUUUUCAGUCUUGUGGUGGUGGUUACAGUGAUCGUUGUCGCCAAGCUGCUGACCAAGAACGUCGACUACAGUCAUUCAGUCAAAUAUAUUGAGAAUUAUUUCAACGUCUUCGACAAUAACAAUAAGUCCACGGAUAUCGUCAACAGUUCACAUGUGGUCAACAACACCAGCACCACACCCUUCGUCCUUAAAGAGAAAGCCAACUUAUCCGUUGCUGAAGUACUCAAGCAACGUGUCCGAGUGUUAAUAUGGGUCAUGACCUCUCCAAAGAAUUUACAUAAGGCACGUGCCGUGAAGAACACCUGGGGAAGCAGGUGCGACCUGCUGCUCUUCUUCAGUUCUGAGAACAACACAGAACUUCCCACCAUAGCGCUGGACGUUGAAGAAGGGAGAAAACACUUGUUCGAGAAGACAACUCAGGCGUUUGACUAUAUCUAUGAGAACUAUUUUGACAUGGCGGACUGGUUCAUGAAGGUUGAUGACGACACGUUUGUGAUAGUGGAGAACUUACGUCACUUCCUGCAUGACAAGAAUGCCAGCGAGCCUGUAUAUACCGGUCGUCACUUAAUCCAGCCUAAACUUAAAAUAAAUUUUCAGAGUGGCGGUGCCGGGUACGUGCUGAGCAAAGAAGCCCUCAGACGAUUUGCGACAAGGGAGCUCAGUCCACCCGUCUGCACCAACCACACGACUGACGAGGAUGUCGAGAUGGGGCGCUGCCUCCACCGGCUGAAUGUUACCAUCCUCAACUCUACAGACGACAAACUGCGCACCCGUUUUCAUCCGUUUGACAUGGAAAAGCACCUGGUGAAGGGCCCUCCAAAAGGUUUCCUUAAGUACGAGGCCAACCCGGUGAAAUUGGGUAUCGAUGGUAUCAACGAGCACGCCAUCUCGUUUCACUACAUCACACCUGAGCAGAUGUUUUCACUCUACUACUACGUCUACCACGUCCGGCCUUUUGGAGUUUCUUAUUCGUACGACUGGUCUGAAGACCUACAGACAUGAGUGAUCCGUGAAAAUACGUGAACAGACUGCUUUGGCGGAAUUCAGACUUCCAUAACAUUCUUUAACAAAUGGACUCCAUGCUACAGUGUGUAGUAAUUACUGGCUGAUAUUGUAAGAAGCUAUGGCGAUGUAAUAUGUGCUUGAAGAGGUAACUUGACACUCGUUAUUAUUGCUUACAGCUAAUAAAAAUAUGAAAGUUAGUUAUUAUUUAUUCUUGUACAUAA